AUGGAGGCCGCGCGCGUGCGCGCCUGCCGGAGCCGCUGGCGCCUCGGCGCGUACCGCGGCGCGAUCGAGGCCAGGGCCUUCACGCUGCCGAAUCCCGGCGGCGGCCGCGAGCUCCUGGACGACGCGGCGUUCACGCUCGUCCGCGGGCGCCGCUACGCGUUGAUCGGCCGCAACGGCAAGGGCAAGUCGACGCUGCUGCUCGCGCUCGCGGCGCGGCGCGUCGGCGACGUGCCCGAGGCGUGCUCCGUGCACUACGUGUCGCAGGCUGUCGCCGAGGACGAGGAGCGCACGCCGGGGUCCAUCGUGCUCGACGCGGACGUCGAGCGGCGCGUGCUCCUCGCGGACCGGGAGGCGCUGGACGCGAAGCUGUCGACGAAGCUGUCCGCGAAGGAGGCCGCGGACUGCGGCGAGAAGCUCCGGCAGACGCUCGAGCGCCUCGAGUCCGUCGACGCCGACUCGGCGCCGCGGCGCGCCGAGGAGCUGCUGAAGCACCUGGGCUUCAGCGACGGCCUCCGCGGGAAGAAGAUGCGGGAGCUGAGCGGCGGCUGGCGCGUGCGGACGAACCUCGCGGCCGCGCUCUUCGCGCGGCCGGACCUGCUCCUGCUCGACGAGCCGACGAACCACCUGUCCAUCGCCGCCGUGCUCUGGCUCGCGCGCGAGCUCGCGACGUCGGAGACGUGGAAGGAGCGCAUCGUCGUCACGGUGUCGCACGACCGCAAGUUCCUCGAGGACGUCUGCGGCGACGUGCUGCACAUCUCCGGCCACGCGAAGCGGCUCACGCAGACCCACGGGUCCUACGCGACGUGGCAGGCGCGCCGCGCGGAGCAGCUCCUGAACUGGAGGCGCGUCUCCGAGAAGCGGCAGGCCGAGGUCGACACGCUCAAGGAGUACGCGGGCCACGGCUUCCGCUACGGCGGGUCCCAGUCGCAGAUCAAGAAGAUGCAGAUGAAGGCGAAGCAGGCCUCGAAGCUCGAGGAGGAGCAGAGCGCCAUGGACGACGAGUUCGCGGCGCUCAACGAGGACCAGGAGCUGCCGCUCGAGCUGCAGCACGGCGGCGAGCUGCCGGGCAACCUCGUCGCGUUGAAGGACGUGGGCUUCGCCUACCCGGGCGGCGACUUCCUCUUCCGCAACGCGGAGAUGGGCAUCGACACGAAGUCGCGCGUCGUCUUCCUCGGCGAGAACGGCAACGGGAAGACGACGCUGGUGAAGAUCAUCAUGGGCGACCUCGAGCCGACGGAGGGCGAGUGCCUCCGGUCGCCCCACGCGCGCGUCGCCCUCGUGAACCAGCACCACGCGGACCAGAUCGACCUCAAGCAGACGCCGCUCCAGUUCAUGAUGGCCAAGUUCCCGGGCCCGGGCACGAACGACCACGCGCUGAAGCUGCGGAGCCACCUGGCCAAGUGCGGCGUCACGGGCCACGACCCGGACCUCCAGAACGUGCCGGCCGCGGCGCUGUCCGGCGGCCAGCGGUCGCGCGUCGCGCUCGCGGCCGUGUCCUACGUCGCGCCGCACGUGCUCAUCAUGGACGAGCCGACGAACAACCUGGACCUCGAGUCCGUCGCGGCGCUCGCGGACUGCGUCAAGCGCUUCGAGGGCGCCGUCGUCGUCGUCAGCCACGACCAGUACUUCGUCAACGAGAUCGCGGACGAGGCCUGGGUCGUCAACAAGGGCGCGGUCCGCAAGGCCAAGUCCUUCGCGGACUACGUCCGCAAGCAGGUCAAGAAGCUCGAGGACAUGUAA